AAGACUCUCUCAGAUGAAAACUCUCCUUCCGCUCCCGCUUUCACGACCCGCUGGCUUAGUUGAAGCAACACACGCCUCCGUUUGAUCCCUUUGUUGUCUCAUUAUCAUCUAUUUCGUGACUGCUUAGGGUAGAUCUCCGGCAAUGGGAGGUCGGUGUUCCAAAUUCUCCUUCUGUUGGUGGCCAUCUCGUCUCAAGCCUGACGUUCUUGAAUCGUCCGAUAUCGAGUGUGCGGGAAAUGAUCGCAACGCAUUGUCUGGUUUCACCGACUUUGGAUUCGAGCAGCUUAGAACUGCUACCUCCGGCUUCUCCGUCGACAACAUUGUCUCUGAACACGGCGAGAAAGCUCCAAAUGUUGUUUAUAAAGGAAGGCUCGAAAACGAUAGGUGGAUUGCCGUUAAGCGUUUCAACAAGUCCGCUUGGCCUGACACGCGCCAGUUCCUUGAGGAAGCACGAUCAGUAGGUCAGCUUCGGAAUGAGCGGUUGGCCAAUCUCAUCGGAUGUUGCUGUGAAGGAGAUGAGAGGUUACUCGUUGCUGAGUUCAUGCCCAAUGAAACCCUCGCCAAGCAUCUUUUUCAUUGGGAGAACCAACCCAUGAAAUGGGCAAUGAGGUUGCGAGUUGCCUUGUAUUUGGCACAAGCUUUGGAAUAUUGCAGCAGUAGAGGACGUGCAUUGUAUCACGACCUCAAUGCUUACAGAGUAUUGUUUGAUCAGGAUGGUAAUCCUAGGCUGUCAUGCUUUGGCCUCAUGAAGAAUAGUAGAGAUGGCAAGAGCUAUAGUACAAACCUGGCUUUCACUCCUCCAGAAUAUAUGAGGACAGGUAGAGUGACACCAGAAAGUGUAGUUUACAGCUUUGGCACUCUUUUGCUUGAUCUUCUCAGUGGCAAACACAUUCCCCCAAGCCAUGCACUUGACCUAAUACGUGGCAAGAAUUUUUUGAUGCUAAUGGAUUCUUGUUUGGAGGGUCAUUUCUCAAAUGAUGAUGGAACUGAGUUAGUGCGAUUAGCAUCUCGUUGUUUACAGUAUGAACCUCGUGAGAGGCCAAAUGCAAAGUCUCUUGUGACCGCUCUAACUUCUCUUCAGAAAGAAGCAGAGGUGCCAUCAUAUGUUUUGAUGGGUAUUCCAUAUGGAACUGUACCUUCAACACCGUUACCAUUAACUCCGUUAGGUGAAGCAUGUUCUAGAUUGGACCUCACUGCCAUACAUGAAAUCUUGGAGAAAGUCGGAUACAAGGAUGAUGAUGGGGUUGCUCACGAGCUUUCUUUUCAAAUGUGGACCGGCCAAAUGCAAGAGAUGUUGAAUUCUAAGAAACAAGCUGACUCUGCUUUUCGUGCUAAAGACUUUGUGACUGCCAUUGAUUGGUACACCAGGUUCAUUGAUGGUGGGUCCAUGGUAUCACCAACUGUGUUUGCUAGACGCUGCUUGUCUUACUUGAUGAAUGACAUGCCACAAGAAGCCCUUGGGGAUGCCAUGCAGGCCCAGGUUGUGUCGCCCGAGUGGGCCACUGCUUUCUAUCUUCAAGCAGCUGCUCUUUUCAGCCUUGGGAUGGACACCGAUGCCCAAGAGACACUAAAGGAUGGCACAGACUUAGAGGCUAGAAAGAACAGCAGAAACUGAAAGUGUAUAGGUUUUUCUUUUUUCUGCUUUUGGUCUUUUUGUUUACUAUUCUGUAUCUAAUUUCAAUUUUUUUUUUCAUAUAUUUUCUUAAAUUAAAGUUUUGUCAAAGACAUGGAGGGAUGUUUGUGAAGAUUCUUUUUGUUAGUAUUACAUCUUUCUUUCAUCACUCUGGGUACAGUUCUUGGCUUUUGUAUGAUGAAUUGGUUUUGCUG